CCUUCCAACCCAAACCAUUCUGAGAUUUUAUUUUAUGAAUUAGAAGUGAGCGUGUUUGGUUUUCUUUUUAAUCUGGUGGCCCUAAAGCCCACACAGGUGACGCUAGAUGUAAAAUGAAGUCUUUGACUGCUGGGUGAGCACAAAGACUUUGUGUCCUGGCAGAAGCUGUCGCUCACUGUUCAUGCUGACUGUGUUAGAAGAAGCUUUCCUGUUCUUGUCGUCCCUGUUCUUCCACGACACAGUGCCCUUUUCUCUGUGGAGUGGGGAACAGCUCUGUGCUAGUUGUGUUCUGGGUAGAUAAGACACUUCCUUAGGAUUAUUGGAUGAAUUUUGGAAAUGCUUGAUACCACUUAGCUUUCCCUGCUUUUCAGGUAAACAGGUAUGACAUCUUGGAGGGGAGUGAAAAGGUAAAAAGGGACUUUUCCUCUGGCUGACAGUAAAGAAAAUCAGGGUUUUUUCCUUGGUUCCCUGUAUAAGUGUGGCAUUUAAAUACUCAGCUAAAUUUCUGUAUAGGUCCAGAACUGUCACUGCAGUUUUCUGAGUGAGCGUUGCAAUCUUCAUGUUGCCAGCUGACAACAUAUGUGACAGUUCUACUAUUCUUCCACUAUUUAAAAGACUAGAAGAUGUUCUAUUUAUUUGAGAAGCUUUUAAUCUGUCUGAUGAAAAUGGAUUUGUUCUUUGUUUGUGUUUUGAGGUUGUUGUUGGGGUUUUUUAAUCUGCUCUUAACAUUCUUAUGAAUCCUCAGGUACUUUUUGUCUGACACUUAGUUCAUCUUAGCCUUUUCUACCCCAUUUUUCUUUCACACCUUGGCCUGUGGUCAGGAAAUACUUGAAAACAGGUUGUUUGCACCCUUGCUUUAAUUUUAUAAGGAGCCUGUUAGAUCUGUAGGCUGAGUUACUUUCUCAUAGAAAAUGUCUUGGCCACUUGACAGCACUUAGUUCAGGACUCUGUAAUGCACAUACGUCACUUUAAGAAGGAGACUUUCCAAAUGCACUAGGAAGCAAAUUUGUUGAGCUUUCUGAUGCUGCAGAUUCGGAGAGAAGAGAACUAGUCAUGUUCCUUACUCUGCCAUGUGGAACAUGAACAUGAUGGUGUUCUUCCCUGUUUCCAACUCAGUUUUGGGGGCAUUCGGAAUUGCUAUUGCUAGUUAGGCAGAUGUUGAGUUCAGUAGCAAGGGAGAAGCACUUCCCAUGGCUUGCCAAGCAAGCAUACCAGCUAAUACUGGUUUUUUUUAGAUGGCAUGGGGUCUCCUUUGCAUUCCUCAUCUAUGAUGCCAUAUCCAUACUCUCCCCACUACUGGAGUUUGGCCAGAUCCUCAGCGUUGCUGUAAUCCCCUGCUGAAAGAGAUCAGUACCAGGGUUGCAGAUGCAUGCCAGGUUCCCGCUGAAUGCCAGCAGUAGAGAUCACUCCAGAUGGAGCCCCAGGGUCAGCAUGGCAGCGGCGGUUCCGUGGUGGUGAUUCAGCAGCCCUCCUUGGACAGCCGGCAGCGCUUGGACUAUGAAAGGGAGAGCCAGCCCACAACGAUCUUGUCACUGGACCAGAUCAAGGCCAUCAGGGGCAGCAACGAAUACACCGAAGGUCCUUCUGUGGUGAAAAAGUCUGCUCCGCGGACAGCACCGAGGCAGGAGAAGCAUGAAAGGACUCACGAGAUUAUACCAAUUAAUGUGAAUAAUAAUUACGAACACAGGUCCAGCCAUGUGGGGCACGUGGCACAUCAGCAUAACACGAGGGCUCCCGUCCUGAGCCGGUCGACCAGCACGGGGAGCGCGGCCAGCUCUGGGAGCAACAGCAGCGCCUCCUCGGAGCAAGGGCUGCUGGGGCGGUCACCCCCGUCCCGGCCGGGCUCCGGCCACAGAUCCGAUCGGACAAUCCGGGCGCAGCCCAAGCAGUCGUCUCUGAUCGUGGAUGAUCUGAAGGGUCCUUUGAAAGAGGACUUGACGCAGCACAAGUUCAUCUGCGAACAGUGUGGGAAGUGCAAGUGCGGGGAGUGCACGGCGCCGAGGGCGCUGCCGUCCUGCCUGGCCUGCAACCGGCAGUGCCUGUGCUCGGCCGAGAGCAUGGUGGAGUACGGCACCUGCAUGUGCCUGGUCAAAGGGAUCUUCUACCACUGUUCCAACGACGAUGAAGGGGACUCUUACGCGGAUAAUCCCUGCUCCUGCUCCCAGUCACACUGCUGUUCUAGGUACCUGUGCAUGGGAGCCAUGUCCUUGUUCCUGCCUUGCUUGCUCUGCUACCCUCCGGCCAAAGGAUGCCUAAAACUCUGCCGAGGGUGCUACGACCGCGUCAAUCGUCCGGGUUGCCGGUGCAAGAACUCCAACACAGUCUAUUGUAAACUGGAGAGCUGCCCCUCCCGGGGUCAGGGCAAGCCCUCAUGAUUUUGGGAGGGAGGUUUACUUCCUCCAACUUUGGUUUUUCAGGUUGUAGCUGAUUUUUUUUUUUUUUUUUCCCUUUCCUUCUUCCCCUUCCUCUCCUGUUUUGGGAGGACUGUUCUUUUCCUUUCCCUUCUGUCUCCCCAGCUUCAGAUACACAAGUUCUUCCCUUUGCAUCUUUGCUCUCCUCUUCCUAUUGACUUGGCUGAGUGUGGAGCGUUUCGUGUAGUCGUUGCUGCUCUUUGGUAAGUGUGGACCUGGUAUCUGCACCUGUCGCUCACUUGGGCAGGGUCUUUGAGUUUGUAACUGAACCACUCCUGAGAGAGACAGUGAGGGCUCACUGGGCUCUUGAAGCUUCUUGCUCUGUGAAUAUCUCUUCCCAAAGAUGUUUUUCCUUCUCAGCAAUUUAUGGGGUUUUUUCCUUACCCUUCCGGUAGCCAAGGAAGAAUAUCUUUCCUGAGUGAGCUGGAUUGUGAAAUAAUUUUUUGUGUGUGUUCUUUCUGGAGAGGGAUGUAAAAUAAAGGCUUCACCAAAUGAAA